AUGCCGGAGCGCUCGAAGCGUAUUAAGUUAUAUGACGACGGAUUCACGAAACAGGAUUCUUAUCACAGGAUUGAUAGAUUCAAAUCUAUUGGAUCUGAUAUUUCAGUGUUGGUGAAUUUUGUUGAGUCAAUAAAUAACGAGGAUGUGGAUGAAUUAGUUGUUGAUGUCGUUGCUGGUGGAAAUGUUGUUCAGAUACUCAAAUUUCUAGAUUCCGGUCAAGAUCGAAAGGCAGGAGAGCUUCAUGCAGUCUUGAAAGCGCUGUACAUUAUUAUCUUGAAAACAUCUCACGAGUUAAGCAGUCGUUUUCCAAAUGUGGCCAGAGAGCUUGCCGAGGGCUUUCUUGAAGACUCUCGCUUCUCAUUAUGCCUCAAUACAAUGAGAAAGUCUCAGAAUGCGGAAAUCUUAAAGACAUCUCUCCAACUUUUAGCAUCCGUUGUGACAGUCAGUGAAGAUUUAGCUCGAGCGGUCUUGCGAUAUAUUGAUUUCGAUAGCGCGACGAUGAAGAAAUGUUCUCAAAGAAGAAACCUUUUCGAUAAAUGUGACGUCCGGACGUGCUUCAUAAAUUUUUUGGCUUCUUUUGUUUAUUUAGACAACAAUUUUGUUCUAAGAGAACUAGUAGACAAGAAAGGUGCUCUGGAUCUGCUCAUUAGUGAGUCUUUUGUGGACAAAUAUUCAAACGUAAUUCUAAUCUUAUGCGUCCUCAAGAAAGUAGCUGAAAACAGUUCAGUCAGCAAAACACAGCGGGUACGUGUAUUCAAUCGACAUUGUCUUCAAAAGUUAACAUCUUUGUAUAUGUGGCGUGGGGAGGGUAAGACUGUCGAUGAAGUACUGAGAAAAGAUAAUGCUGAGGUGAAUGAACAUGAGUUAGUGUCGAUCAGAGACACCGUACACAAGCUCCUAACUCAUCUUUUCACAUCUAGUCGAUUUGGGCUAGUGUUUUCGAAUAAGUUUGACGUUAACGUUCAGUACAAUCGUUUAAUACUACUAUGCUUGACGUCCGCUCAGAUGGAGGAUGCAUAUACGGACCCCUUACGUACUGAAUUGGUUGUCGUAGCGCUCUGUAAAUGUCCAGAUUUAUUCCUACAUUACCUCGAUCAUUUGGCUCCUAGUUUAUAUCCACGGGAUUCACCUAGUUGGUUCUGUUUAAUCGAAUUUGUUUUUCACAUCUACAGAUCGAUUAGCAAAUAUAUCGUUCAGUUCACUAUAACCGCACUAACUCAUUCACUGACGAUUGAAGUAUUAGCUACUACCAUAGCAAAUUUUUGUGUCUUGUCACCGAAAAUGAUUGAUCCUAUCAGAAAAGCCUUACAGUAUGAUAAAUCAUCUGAUGUUAAAAAUAAGGCCAUUGAACUUAUGGGAUACUUGAAACAACUGUUGGAAAUCCCGUUAACUUGGCUUUCACUAAACCAGCUACCAAGUACAAUGAAUUUUACAUCAGACCAGUUAAAAAUGAAGAUUGAAUUGCUUAUUCGUGAACGUAUACCUGAUUCCAGAUGGUUAGUUCACUUUCAAAAGCUAUUUAAAAAGAAUUUAAACGACCCUAUCUUAUUGAUAGACCAAGUUAUAUCUUCUACCGAUCAAAGUGAACCAGAGGAGGUUUUCGAAGAAGCAAUCAAAAUAGAAGAUAUGGUGAACUCGAUUGAACAAUCUCUAAAUGAUCUACCAGAAGAAAUAAGAAAGGUAUUCAAAAAUCUUGAAAAAUCUGUUUCUGGAGAUUGUAAUAAUCUAUCUGCGGAUGUCAUAGAUACUAUUAAUGAAUUGCCAGGAAUAACUAAGUCAUGCUUCAAACAUUAUUCAAAUUAUCCAGUAGUAUAUCAAUACUUAUCGAAAUUUAUUCAUUUUCUGUAUAAUAAUACAUCAUUAAUUGUAUUGUACAAACCAAAAAUAUUUUUCAAAUCACUUCUAAAAUAUGUUAAUUUAACAACAGUACUGUUCACAAAUGUUACAUUGCAACACCAACCAAUGAAUGCGAAAAUCCCAACGAUUUUAGAUGAACAUUUAUUAAAAGAAUAUUUAUUCAAGUUUCUAUUAGAAAUAGCUUCUAUUGCACCGAAAGUUGUUUAUAGACAUAUUCCAGUUUUAUGGUUAUUAAGCGCAUAUAAUGCUACAAUGAGUUCACUUGAUCAAACUAUUCUCAAAUUGGUUUAUCUUCUGGAAAAAUUUUCACCAGGAUCAUUAACUCAGUCCAGGUAUAUUGUUUGGGGUUCAAGUCUAUGUAAACAUUAUCAAUUCGAUUUACAAACUAACAUCUUAAAUCAUCCAACUUUAUUACAUCAACCAAAUGUAAAUACGUUGUUCAAUGUAUUAGACGAUAAUCAAUUGUUAGAUUCAGCGUAUAACUUCCCUUUAUAUCGAAGAUGGUUUACUAUUUCGAAUUCGCAUGUCAAUGAUUCAAAGAUUGUAGAAAUUAAUCAUAUACAUGAUCCAUGCUUCAUUCUACAUGUGUUAUAUUACUAUCUUCAGUGUUUUUCAGAAGAUUGUGAACAAAAUAAUUCCAAUGUUAUCAAACCUGUUCAAUUUCUGAAAAUGUUCUAUGUAAAAAAUUGUUUGUGUUAUGCUGUGGCUGGAUUAUCGAGUUAUUCGAAACAUAUGCGAAACAUGGCUAGAACAAUUAUCGGGAUAUAUCGAAAGUUGUUGGGUUUAUAUAUCUCUUGCAAUUCAACAACCCCAAAUAAUUAUCUUUCAGAAAAACGAAUUAAUUUAUCUUUUAAACAUUUUCCUGAAGGCCAACAAAUUGCCUUUGUUCUUGAUACAUUACGCAAUAGUUUAUCACAUGGUGGUGGGUCUGUUCUCGGUGGUGGAAGUCGUAAAGCUAAAUCAUUCCAUAUAUCCAUCGAUUCAGGUGGACGUUUAACAAAAAUUCAUGCAAAUUUCUUUAUCAGAGUUUUAAAAAUACUCAGUCAACCAGAAAAUCAUAUGUUUCAGCCUAUUUGGAAUUGUUUACUGGCAAAACCUGCCAUAGAUUUAAGAUAUGUACCGGAAUUUUUAAGAUUAUUCUUUUCAACAAAUAAUAAGUUCACCAUUGAACGUCAAUGGAUUGUUCGAUUGUGUGUUGAUAGUUUAGGUGAUCCAGCAGACUAUUUAGUGAUGGAAAAUUCUUUAGUAUUCAAGCACAUUUUGUGUGCUUAUUCAUUACCUUCAGCUGAUAUGAGUUUCAAGUUCUCAGUUUUACGAUUACUUGUAAACGCUACAAAACACAGUCGAAUUGUACACGCACUUAUAAGAUUUCAUGCAAUCUUACUUUGGCUUUCACGUCAUGCAACAGCUUCAAUCAGUUCUGAAGAACAAAGAAAGUUGUUUCUAUGUAUACUGGAAAAUAUUCAUAAUGCUUUAGCCGAGAAAUCAUCCAAUCAGCCUAUCAUGGAUAUAGUAAAUCUGAUAAAAGAUGAAUGCUCUGUGAAAAAGGAAAGCGUGAACUUGUAUGCAAUCGCAACGAUCCCUUCUGAAAGUUGA